UGGAAAUAAAAUGAAUUGUCGGCAUCAAUAUUCUAAAUACAGUAACUGAUUUCACAGAAUUGAAAUGACAGUUAUCAAUAUCUGUUCAUUACUUAGUUUAUUCAUACAUGUCACAAGACAAAAUGUUAUUCAUUGUCCGGUUGAGUUUUGUACAUGUGCAGAUUUUGACGCCGUCUGCUCUGGUAAAAAUCUAACUUAUAUUCCACGAUUUCCAAAAAACGUCAAAAUAUUUACUUUUCUUAAUGGAAAUAUUGGAACACUAUCCAAGAAAAGGACUGCAAACCUGACUUUUAAUAAUAUCCUCAAGCUAAAUUUUAAGAACAACUCAAUACGUCAACUUGAAGCGGAUACUUUUUCUAAUUUCACAUCAAUAGUAGCAUUGACCAUCUCAUCGGAACCAUUAUUGCUAGCGACAAUCGUAAUGCAUGCAUUGAACAAUAUGGAAACCGCACAUUUCAGGUCACUCACCUUAACAGGCAAUAAUUGGUCAUUUCUUCCACAUGAUAUGUUUAAGGCAAUAAACAUGAAUAAAAUACAUGAUAUAAACAUCAACAGUAAUAAUCUACAAGUUUUAAAUAUGUCAUGGUUUUCAAAUAUGACUCGCUUACAAUAUCUAAAAGUCAGUUAUAAUAAAAUUGCAACAAUUAUACCUGAUCGUGUUUCCAGUCUUGAAAAACUUUAUUUAGACGGCAACGAAAUAACGAAAUUUCAAAAGUUUUGUAUUAAUCAUGGUAACAGUGCACUUCCCAGUUUAAGAUAUCUAUCUCUUAGCAAUAAUAAAAUUGGAUUUAUUGGACAAUUUCGAUGUUUCCCGAGACUUAAAAUCUUGAAAAUUAGUGAUAAUUUGAUAGGUCGUAUUGAUAAUAAUACUUUUACAGAUUUAAAGAUGUUAACUAACCUCAGUCUUCAAGCUAUAGGAAAACAGUUAAAAAAGAUUGAAGAUGGGGCUUUAAAUAUACCAUCAUUACAAAUGCUAUCACUCAGAUAUUGCAAUUUCCAUUUUGAGAGUCUAUCAGUGUCAGAGCAAAGUAGUAUGCUGUCAAGUUGCAAUAAUUUAGAACACCUUGAUCUAGGCGGGAAUUUUUUACAGUCAACAAUUUUGCCUAGAAUAAUAUCACCAUUGAAACAGUUAAGAUAUCUUAAUUUAGAAAAUACAAGACUUGGUUUUUUGCCUGCCUAUGUAUUUCCAGAACUACCUAUGAUAGAAACGCUUAUCAUGAGUGAGAAUCGAAUAUAUGGAUGUGGCAGAGAUGUAUUUGCUCCUGUGGUAUCUUUACAAUAUCUAGAUCUACGUCAUAAUCUAAUACGAAUAGUAAACGAAACAUCUUUUCCGACUGCGUUACUUGCAAAUUUUAAAACGAUGAAUUUAGCAAAAAAUCCAUUUACUUGUACUUGUGAACAGAUAUGGUUUGUCAGUUGGUUACGGCAGGCAAAUAUAACGCUUUUACAAUACCCAAAUCAUUAUCAUUGUACCACACCGGACAACUAUAAUGGCGUUUUGUUAAAAGAUUACAAACCUUCCGUUUUGUCGUGCAACCCAAUAUUUUUGAUUGUGAUUUCAAUUUCUGCAUUAGUUUGCCUGUUAGUAUCGACGAUGAUAAUUUUUCUGAAAUGUAAUACAAAUGUUAAGAACUUUUUAUACCUUCUCAAAGUUAAACAGUUUAGACGACAGGGAUAUCUUCCGAUUGUGAAUAGCGAUGAUUAUGAAUAUCACGCUUUUGUUGUUUAUUGCGAUGAAAACCGAAUAUGGGUUCAUGACCAGUUUGUCAAAAAACUUGAAAAUAAUGAGGGAUUUAAGUUCUGCAUUUAUCACAGAGACUUUGAUGUAGGAGAAUCUAUCAGUGGAAACGUUGAUAAAUUCCUUAAAAAUUCGUGGAAGGUUGUUGUUAUAAUAUCAAAUGCAUUUGCUAAAAGCGAAUGGUGUCAGUGGGAAGUCGAUAUAAUUCAGGAGAGAAGACGUCGACAAGGCAGAGAUGCACUUCUCUUAGUAAUGCUUGAAAAUAUCACAUCGACAAACAUGACAAGUCCUCUGCGUACUUUACUAGACAGUACCCCGCAUCUGAGGUACAAAAAAGGAAUUGGUGAAAACUUAUUUUGGACUGCAGUAGUUGAAGAUCUUCGAAAAGCCGUUGGACAACCUCCAAUUUCUGAAUUAUAGAUAACUGUUGGUCAGUUUCAAUAUGUAUCAAUGUCUGUGUAGCGUUGAUUUGUUUUCAGUUAAGCUUAAUACUGCGUUGUGUCCAAUUAGUGGAAACUCUGAUUUUAUCAGCAUUCAUAUAUAAUCAUUGUGUGAUCGUUACUUUUAUCUUUUUUUGUUUCUACAUUUGUAAUUAAUUACUGAAUAAAAAAGUAUUCCUUGUUCUA